AUGUUGGUUACAGCCGCAUUCAUUGUCGGGUGCGGUGGAGCGGAGGAACCUACGGCCCCGGCUGUAGAGCAGGCAUCCGCGGCUCCGACGGACACGCCCGUGCCUCGCGCCACCAACACCCCGGCAGCGGCCGGCGCCCUUCCCACCCCGACGCAGCGCGCGUCCGUGCUGCAGGCUACGCCCAGGCCAACCCUGGCUCCUCAAACAGAAGGGGAGUUGGUGACCGACCGGCUGAUCGUGGUCGCCGACCCGCCAUCUCUGGAGUCAAUGCUGGACUGUGAAGUUACCGGCUCGGGGGUCCUCAACUACAGGAUGUCUGCCGAGUGGAUGGUGGACGCCAGCCGAUUCGACGGGUCGUACGAACCCAUGUUGGCCACGGAAUGGGGCAUCAGCGCCGAUGGGCGGACAUGGAACUUCAAGCUGAGACAGGGAGUGCGCUGGCACGACGACUGGGGUGAAUUCACCGCCAAGGAUGUGAAGCACUCCAUGGCGUACUACACGAACCCGGAUUGCCGUGCAUCGUAUUCGGACUAUUUCCGCAGCGACCCAGGCGGGGACGUGGAAAUUGUCAAUGAUUAUGAAGUCAACAUCCACAUGAAACGUCGGCCGGCCGUGGAUUUUGUCUACUGGUACUCAGGCUACCGUGGGAUCCCCCACAGCAGCAAAGCCCAAUGGGACCAGUCGUGCCCGAAUGGCGAAGCCGAUUACGGGGACAAUGAAGCUGGUCUCCCGUUGGGAUACUGCAUACAGAGCCGGGACGCGGUGGCUGAGAAAUCGGCACGCACCGGCCCCUACGAAUAUGUGAGCUUUGAAGAGGGCGUCGGUUGGGAAUGGCGGCGGGUUGACUACGACCACUGGCGCGUAAAUUCUGAUUUCGCCGAGAUUGAGAUCAAGGACGUUCGCGAGUCGGCGACCCGCUUGGCCAUCAUGCAAGCUCGGGAGGCGCACAUCGCGACUAUCAACCGGGCCUUGAUUCAGGACGCCAUUGAUGACGGGCUGGAGGCCGUGGACAGUUCAGUGAGGUCCAUAACGGCUUUCGCACUGUUCGGCGGGAUGUACUUCUCGACCGGCGUGAAAGGCGUGCCGACCGACCUUUCCGCGGAAGAACAAUCGGACAUCAGAUCGAGUUACGACAUCGUAGCCGCCAGGGACGAGAAAAUGCCCUGGAACGAGCCCGGUGAAAAUGGGAGGCUGGUUCGAAUGGCCAUGAAUAAGGCCAUUGACCGUGGCCAAAUCAACGACGCUAUCUAUCAAGGCGUUGGCGGGCGACAAUGGGUAGCCACCUUGGUUCCUGAUUUCCCGGGCGGAUUCAACGCGGAUUGGGAAGACAAGUGGGAAGAACUCUACGGAUAUGAUCCUGAAAAGGCUCGUGAGUUGCUGGUCGAAGCCGGCUAUCCCAAUGGGUUCUCGUUCCGCGUUCCGGUGUUCGUGCUGGGCGGGGGUCCCGGAAUUGCCGGACCAGAUGGAAGCGAUGGCCAAGUUCUGGUCUGA